AUGAAAUCGUAUCGAGUGCUCACAGUACCCAAUGAGCCUUUCGUCAUCUUGGACAAGAGCACCCGGAGCUACACCGGUAUGCUGAUCGAUCUCCUGGACAAGAUAGCGCUAAGCCUCAACUUCACGUACACCAUCGGGACGUCAAUAAGGGACGGCGAGUACGGGCGUUUCGAGGAAGGCUCGGACAAGUGGACAGGACUGAUCGGAGAUUUGGUGGCCGGCAAGGCGGACGUAGGCCUGGCCACUGUCAGCGUCACCUCCCAGCGCAGCGCGAUCGUCGAUUUCACCGAUCCCAUCCAUCCGCCGACCGGUCUGUCGAUCCUCCUGCAGAAACCCCUACCACGGACUUCUCUGUUCAGGUUUUUCACCCUCCUCGACGCUAGGGUGUGGCUGUGCAUCGGGGCGCUGUACUUGCUGACGAGCUGCCUGCUCUGGGUGUUCGACCUGUACUCGCCCUUCAGCUCGAGAAAUCGACGCGCAAAAGCCAAGGAGUACGAGGGCCGGAGGGUCUUUGGUUUCAGGGAGUCGCUCUGGUUCUGCAUGACCUCGUUGACGCCGCAGGGUAGCGGCGAAGUGCCGAGAAACUACUCGGGUCGGUUGGUCGCCACCACCUGGUGGUUAUUUGGGUUUGUCAUCGUUACUUCGUACACGGCCAAUUUUGCGGCUUUUCUCACGGUUUCCCGCUACGAGAGAACCAUCGACAGUUGGGAACAACUUCAAGCGCAGUACAAGUUUAAUUACACGGUCGUCAAGAACUCCGGGGCUCUGGCUUACAUUGAAAACCGGAUGCACGUCGAGCGCGAGUUUUACGAAAUUUGGAAAUCCCUAACUCUGAGCGAUAAAUUGACGCCGUACGAGAAGUCUAAAUUGGCGGUGUGGGAGUACCCGCUGGAAGACAAGUACCAUAAAAUACACGCUGCCGUAAUGUCCCACAACCCCGUCGAGGAUUUGGAAGAGGGGCUUGGAAGGUUCACGAGUAAAUACACCAGGUUUGCGUUGAUCACGGAGUCGACCGAUGUUAGGUUUCAAGUGAUGACCAACUGCACCUUCGAAGAAAUCGAUCUCAAUGUCGCCAAGAAGCCAUUUGCCCUGGUUCUCCGCAAAUAUUCGCCCUUGACCGCAAAGUUUAACGCAGUUAUUCGAGAUUUGGGAAGCAAGGGGUGGCUGAGCGAGCUCAGAAAAAAGUGGUGGGACGACAAUCCGAAGAGGAAAAAGUGCUACGACACGGACGAAAGGACCGCGGGUAUUCUCAUAGAAAAUCUUGGUGGGCUUUUUAUAACGCUUUUCAUCGGAGUUGGCGUUGCUUAUGGCACUGUGCUGUUGAAAUAUCUGCAGAUUCGUUGGGCCAAGACGAUGAAAGUGGCUCCGGAAUAA